CAUGCGCAGAGCGGACUAUGCGCGAGUCCUUUUCUCGGUGCGUGUGGAGCGAUUAGCAUCGUCAGAUCAGUCAACAUGCAGCUGUUUGUGCGUGCACAGGACCUACACACCCUUGAGGUGACCGGACAGGAGACUGUCCAGGACAUCAAGGCCCAUGUUCAGACACUGGAGGGUGUGUCUGUGGAGGACCAGGUGCUUCUGCUGGCUGGCACCCCUCUGGAAGAUGCUGCUUCUCUUGUAAGCUGUGGCAUUUCAGAGCACUGCACUCUGGAGGUGGUUGGCAGGCUUCUGGGAGGUAAGGUCCACGGUUCCCUGGCUCGUGCUGGUAAGGUACGAGGACAGACGCCAAAGGUGGACAAACAGGAGAAGAAGAAAAAGAAGACUGGCCGCGCUAAGCGCCGCAUCCAGUACAACCGUCGCUUUGUCAAUGUAGUGCCCACCUUCGGAAAGAAGAAGGGUCCUAAUGCCAACUCCUAAGUAGUUGUGGAGAUAACCUGUUCAUAAUAAAAUUUCUGGUUGAACAAUAUAAA